AAUCAUGCCUUCCUACAAAUUUACCUAUUUCCCGUUUCGUGGGCUCGGCGAGCCGGUGAGACUUUUGUUCCAUCUAGCUGAUUGCCCGUUUAAAGAUGAACGGUUUAGUUUUGAGGAGUGGGGAGCUGUGAAGUCAAAGUCCCCAAUGGGUCAGCUACCCAUCCUAGGCGUCGACGGACUUGAGAUCCCCCAAUCUGCUGCAAUUCUCCGCUACCUUGCUCUGAAAUUCGGAUUUGCUGGGAAAACUCCAGAGGAUCGAGCUUGGGUGGACGCCGUAGUCGAUCGGUUCAAGGAUUUCUUCGUAGAAUUCAAAAAGUUCCUGGUUGCAAAGCGUGGCGGAAAAUCAGAGGAAGAAGUCGCAAAAGUUGUGUCAGAAUCUGUAGUCCCAGCUAUGGAAUCCUACUUUAAGCUUCUCAAUGGUCUGCUGGAAAGAAGCAAGUCCGGAUUCCUGAUCGGAAAUUCUAUUACUUACGCGGAUCUUGUAGUCGUCAAUAAUCUGGAGACUCUUAGAAACUUUGGAUUUCUGAAUGCAUCGGAGCAACCGAAAUUGACGGCUCUUCUAGAGAAAGUGUACUCGCAGCCAGGGAUCAAGGAAUAUGUAUCUAGUCGUACAGCUUCUGAUUUUUAGUUUUUUUCUAUGUUCUCUAUAAAUGAAUUUAUAAUUAUGG